UCUGUCCUGACAGAGUUUACAGCAUACAGUGGUGGAUUCUUAUCCACAGAGCAUCUGUUUUAAGAAUUAACGAAAGCAGUGUCAAGACAGCAAGGAUUCAAAAAAUGCCCAAAACAAAUAUAUGUGUGGUUACUCUGCUUUUGGCACUGAUAAGUGGUGCCAGCAGCCAGUACUAUGAUUACUAUGCCGCCCCCUUGUCAAUUUAUGGGCCCUCAUCACCAGACUGUGUACCAGAAUGUGACUGUCCUUUUAACUAUCCAACAGCCAUGUAUUGUGAUAAUCUGAAAUUGAAAAGUGUGCCAAUGGUGCCUUCAGGAAUCAAGUAUCUUUACCUAAGGAAUAAUCAGAUUGACCACAUUGAUGAAAAAGCCUUUGAAAAUGUAACUGAUCUGCAGUGGCUUAUUCUAGACAAUAACCGUCUAGAAAACUCCAAGAUAAAAGGUAAAGUUUUCUCUAAACUCAAGCAACUGAAGAAGCUUCACAUCAAUUUCAACAAUCUGACAGAGUCUGUGGGCCCACUUCCCAAGUCACUGGAGGACCUGCAGCUUACUCAUAACAAGAUCACCAAGCUUGGCUCCUUUGAGGGACUAGUAAAUCUGUCCUUAAUCCACCUUCAACACAACCAGCUGAAAGAAGAUGCUGUUUCAGCAGCACUCAAAGGGCUGAAGUCACUUGAGUACCUUGACUUGAGCUUCAAUCAGAUGGCAAAACUACCUUCAGGUCUCCCAGUAUCCAUCCUAACUCUCUAUUUAGACAACAAUAAGAUCAGCAACAUCCCUGAUGAGUAUUUCAAGAAAUUUAAUGGGCUACAGUAUCUUCGUUUAUCCCAUAAUGAACUGGCUGAUGGUGGAAUACCUGGAAAUACUUUCAAUGUGUCAUCACUGCUAGAGUUGGAUCUCUCAUAUAACAAGCUCAAAAACAUACCAUCUGUUAAUGAAAACCUCGAAAACUAUUACCUAGAGGUCAACGAAAUUGAAAAGUUUGACACUAAGAGCUUCUGUAAGAUAUUGAGUCCAGUAUCCUUCUCCAAAAUCAAGCAUUUGCGUUUGGAUGGUAAUCGCCUCACUCAGAGUAGUCUGCCACCUGAUAUGUACGAAUGUCUACGCAUGGCAAAUGAAAUCACCAUUUAUUAAUCUUCAUUAAUCCCAAUCAAAUGGAAGUAUAUUCCUGAAGUAGCAUUUAAUGGUUAUGUUCGCCUUUAUGUCAAGUUUUCAUUUUACUAAUUUCUUGUUCUUAGUUUUUGUUACCAUUGAAAUGGAAAUUCUGAGUAAAAUCGCUUUGUGAAAAUUUUACAUUUUUGGAAAAAAAAAGAAAAGAUGAAAGGCAGGCCUGUUUCAUCACAAGCACAGACACAUCCAUGUCAUCAACAUAGGUAACAAAUAAUGCUCUUAGUUGUAAAAUUAAUGCUUUCUUCAUCUUCACUCUCAAAUGAAUGCAAAGUCCUUUAGUUAUUUUAAAGACACCAACUUAGCUUUAUAAUUCCCAAAUCUUAAAGUCAAGAAACAUAGACUACAUACAUCACAUAUUAACUCCCUUGAACCAAGUUAUCUUAAUGUACAUUCAAAUUAAGUUGGAACAAAUGGAUGAUGUAUUUGAAAUCAAUAAUCUUGCAAAAAAUACCAGAUAAUAUUUAUGAAGUCACAUACUUAAAGCAGUGUUUAAGUAUUAAGAACUUUUAUAGUUACCUAGUUAAAUUUUUCUAGAAUUAUUUUUCAUUCUAAGUCCAUGUGGAUGUUUCCUUUUUUAUUAUUUGCAUGUUAUGUUUAAGAAACUACUUGCAAAAUAAAACAGUGAAUG